UGACACAGCAAAAACCCAAGAACAUGGUAUCCUUAGGGCCAGGUAGCCCAAGGACUGAGGACAGACACCACCAUCGAGGAGGUGAUACUCACCUGCCUCAAGAUUUGGUUAGUUUGAGGGGGACCACCAGGGAGGAGGGAACCACUAAAGCCCCUUGGGAAAAAGCCUUUCCUGGUCAGAGCAGGGUCAUUGCCACAUCAUACAGGAAGGACCCUUACUCCUGAGUGGGGCAGGAGAGUUUUUUUGGGGGGAGGGGUGGAUGCCCCUGACAGUGGGUGAAGGGCAGGCUGGGGUGGCUGGAUACCAGCUGCCGGAAGCGGACCCCAGGAGGAAAUUCCGGAGAAGAGACAAAUGACCUUCGAAUGCCAUCCCUGCCAUUGUGCUAGGGUGGGGCAGGGCCCCCACAAGUCACCUGCUCAGGUGGCCGUCUUCUCCUGAAUGUGGGGUAGGGAGGAUGUGCCAUCACCAUGGUAUAGCUAAGGAGGGUGAGCGUGAAGACUGGGACCACAAGGCCACACAGAGGACAAAUCACAGACCAGGACACAGCAUCACGUCAGCAGCCGCCAUCCAUGCUCUGUGUUUGUUGGCUGUGGAGCCGCCAUAGCCCCGUGACAAGAUCUGCAGGAAACAGAAACAACUGAGAUUCACGCUGUCAAGAGAAACCAAUAUCCCUAGAGGGCCGGAUGCAAGGACAGAGAGGAAAGGAUGUGAGCUCAGCACGGGAGGAUCUGGGCUCGAAAUGGACACAGCUAGGACAGCUGAGAUGAGCCCAUCUCUGCUGAAACCCAAACCUCAAACCAUCCUCAAGUCCAGCCCGUGAUGAAUCAAGAUUAGGUGGUCAGGUACCACGGAGGUGACCUCCUGUGUGAAAAAGUGGACCCGAGGGCAGUCAAGGCCCUGGCAGGGCAUGGGGUCCCCUGCAUGGGGCUCUGUGGGACUCGGGUCUUCAUGCCCUUCUGUCCCUGCCUUUCAAGGACCAGGGCUCUCUCCCUGUCUACUUGGCCAUCCCACCCAGACAGUACACGAUGGAGUGGCCUGGGUUUGCAGUCAGAUGUGCCUGGUCACUCCCAGCCCGGCCAUGUCCCUGCUUUAGACCUGGGCUACCUUCUUCGCAGUAGCCCCAUCUGGGCCCAGGCAACAGCUCAGGCCCGGGGAAGGAGGCGCACGUGAUCGGAUGCAGGCGCUGCUUGCCCCUGGAGGCCCAGCUUUUCUCAUCCCCACCCAGGUCCCAGGUCCCUAAGGGCGGGCCUGGGUGUAGGUCAUGGUGCCUGAGGUGCCACAGAGCCGAGGGCCAUCAGGUAUGGUCUUCCCCCACAAUGCCUACAUCUGGGGAGGCUCAGCCUCAGUACUGUGUUGCUUAGCAACACCUAUGGGGUUCCCGGGGGGCGGAGCUACAAGGUCACUUUCUCAUGCAGAAAGGAGGAAGGCGGUGGACCCUGUCCCACAACUCUCUGUCCUGUUCCUCCCCUCCCAGAGCAGCCUGCAUACGCGUUUCUGCUUCCUGCUCCUCUGAGCAGUGACAGCCAGGGGACAAGGGAGCCAGGGAUGAGGAAAUGUCCCCACAACUGCGAUGUUCUUCCCUCUGGGGCUCCCAUACUCUCAGACAGGUUUUGGCCCCAGAGUGGGUGCUGUCACCCAGGACGCAGGGCGCAGGAUCUAUAAGCCAGGCUGAGUGGUUAGCGAGGGCCCAGCCAGAGGUUCACCAAGCACCUGCAGCUCAGAGUAGGGCGCUGGGCAAGGCUGUGUCCACUCUGGUUUCUCUCCCUUCCACAGGUCAGGGCUCAGUGGCUCCCACUUUCCCUGACUCCCAUCACCAGCUGGUCUCCGGAGUGCCCCCCUGACACACCCAGGACAAACUCUGAUGGCCGAUUUCAGUUUAUUUUGUACCUGUAACCAGAACCUGUUAGAAAAGGGUCUUAGGUCAUUUUCAUCAUUGCUGGGACAGAAAUAUCACAGCCACAACUUACAGAGACGGUAUUUUCCUGAGCAAUCUGCUGGCCGCAGGGCCUCCUCAGAAUCUCCAGAAACUCCAUCAUGAAACCUGGCUUAAUUUUAUAAAUCUCCACCUGUGACAUCUUUGCGGGAUGGAGCCCACCUCCCAAGGACGGACUGAGAAGAGCUUCAGCUAUGUCAUCAGAGUCCCCGGCAGUGAUGGGUCGGAUGUCAUGGACGUUGACCUGAAGAUUGACACGUGCUGGAUAUUCCAGGAUGCAGCGGACAGCGGUGGGGAACAGGGGCGACUUCCAGAGGAAGUGGCUGGCAGCCUGGAUGUGGACACUGGUGGGCUCAGGAGGCAGCUAGAAUCCUUGGAACAGAACCUGGUGGCCACAGCUGACAAGGGUGUCCCGCUGGAGUCCCCCGAGCUGAGGAGCAGGGUCCGGGAGCUGGAGCUGGCUGAGAGGAAGCUGCUGCGCAGGGUGGAUGUGCUCAGCACCCGCUUGGUCCGGGAACGCAGCGCGUCGCUCAGGGCCCACGAGCAGCUUCGGGCGCUGCAGGCGGAGCUGGCCAGCCAGGUCCGGGAAGAGGAGCUCAAGGCCCAGCGGCAGCGGGAGCAGCUGCGGCGGUGGCGGGAGCGGCUGCGGCUCAAGGACGAGGCGCUGGGGCUGCAGGCGGCCGCCCUGGAGCACUGCAGGCAGAGCCAGCGGCGCCAGCUGGGCCUGGUGCGAGGUCAGGAGCGCGUUCUGCGGGCGCAGGUGCAGCGGCUGGAGCGGGACGUGCGGCGCCUCUGCCGCGCCACGGGCCUCCUUCUGGCCCAAGUGGGCACCUCAGCAGGAGCUCUGGGCUCCCCCAAGGCAUUGGCGGAGCCGCGCGCGCUGCAGGCCAAAGCUGAGAGCACGGAGCGCGAGGGUGCGCAGGCGGCGCGCAGGCUGCGGGAGCCACGCGCAGGGGAGCGCGGACCAUGCGGGCAGCUGGAGCAGCUGGGCGGUCGCGUGUCCCGGCUGCGACUGUCGGAGAUGGGCCUGCCAGGCCGCGAGAAGGAGCUCGCCGAGCACAAGCACGGCCUGCGCCUGCGGGAGCAGCUGGGAGCCAGGCACUUCAGCCUGGCCACCCUGGGCUGCCUACAGGACGACUCCCCACCCCUGUCCAGGCAGCAGGACCCCUGCACGAGCCAAGGCAGGCAGGAGGAGGCGCAAGAACCAGGGGCCUCAGCAGGCCAGUUGUCUGAGGGACUCUGCACCUGUGGCUGCGUUGGAGAUGGACAGGGUCCCUGUGUCAUGGUGCCAGACCCAGAGACCACAAGCGAGUUCCCGGAAGAAUGUGCGGGGUCUGAGUGUGAACAGCUUUCUCUGGCAGAGCCCAGCCCAGAUGGACAGGUGCUCCUCCUGGUGUGUGGCUGCCCCCCAGGACCAUCCCCAGAAGCCUCGCUGUGCCCCUUGGAUCCUGCCUGGAUUUCUGAGAGUCUCACAGCCAUCCAGGAGCCCCGUGUGCUGGCGCAAGCAUCCGUGCUGCCUCUCUGGGGGCCAUCCAGGGACGCAGGGUCCGUGCUGCCACUGCUGCUGCAGGAGCCCCCAGAAGGGCUCCAAGCCCAGGAAGAGCUGGACACCAGGCCCGUGCCAGCCCCCAGACCCACUGUACACCCUGGCUGGGACUGUCACCAGGCAAGAAGCCACCUCUGCCAGGAGUCAGCACGUACUUCCAACCACACGUUUCUGAGGGCGGGGCCCAUGGGUGGCCUAGACACUUGGAACAAAGGAGGAGGGACCUCAGCAGGAACAGUGGAGGAAGGAGAGGUCAGGAGGGCUUCAGCUAGGGUAGAGGGAGGGCCUGGGGCCAAAUGGAAGCUGGGGCAUGGAGACCGCAAGGACCUGAGCCUGGGGACUGUGGCCCGAGCCUCUGAGGGUGGACAGGAUGACCAUGAGGCUCCAGAGACCCCAGCCCCUGCCUGCAGCCUGUGGCUCCGGCAGGAGUGUCCAGUCCUGCUUCUCCGAGGAGGGGCGCUGGAGGGUCCCCAGCCUCUGAGCAGGAGCAGGAGGGGGGAAGGGUGUGGCUCAGGCUUCCUGGAAGGGCUGUCAUCUGCCAGAGAGAACACAGCACCCCCAGCCACAGGCUCCAGGACUCAUGGGAUUGGAGCAUUACAGUUCCCUGUGGGGCGAGACAGAGACCCCUGGAUACUGCAGGAUGGGAAGGACCGGAAGUGGCACCUUGGGAGCACCCUGGCCCUGCAGGAGGAAGGGGAACAGGAGGGAGCAGAGGAAGAGGGGAAGCUUCCACCUGGAGAUGCGUCCAGUCUGGGCAACAGCCCUGUCCCUGGGCAGCCAGACUCCCAGGCACUCAUGGGCCAGGAAAUGCUCUCCUGUGCAGGAGAGCGCAGUCUGCUGCAGCCUGCUAGCCUGGCUGUGCUGGCCGCCAGGUGUGAAGCCCCCAGUUCUCCUUUAGGCAAAAGGCGAGAUGGCUGCGUUCUCCAAAUAGAUGAGUUUGAGAGGGAGGUGGAGGCUUGCUUCCAGCAGCUGCAUGCCCUGCAGCUUGGCAGCGGCUGUCACUGGCUGGGUCACAGCCAGGGCUGGGAAGCAGAGCCCAAGGUGGGCAGUGGACGCAUCAGACUGCAGGAGACUGAGCCCUUGUGUCCCGGCACAGCGGUUCCAGUGACCGCGCCUGACUGCAGUGCAGCCAGCCCAGACCCUGCAGGGCAGUGGAGGACCCUGGAGAGGGUGAGAGACAGCUUUUAUCAGCUCCUUUCCACAUUUAAAAAAGAAAGGAGGCAGGUCUUAAGUGACAACGCCAUACUUCAGAGUGACCGGGACAGGUGCCAUCGUCAAGUGUGUGACCUCGAGGAAGCCAGGGCAAGAGACGCCCGCGAGAUCCGCAGGCUGGAGCAGGCCAACCGUGAGCUGGCGGCAGACUUGGCGCACCUACGGGGUGAGCGGGGCUCCUAUCUGCAGGCCAUCUCCGACCUGGAGCGCUGCAACCGUGAGAGUUACCACAAGAUCGUGCAGCUUGAGGAUGAGAAUGAGAGACUGGAGGGGGACCUGGGGCAGCUGCGGGAAGCCAGGUCUGCACGCAGGAGGAAGCCCCGAGGCGUGAUAGACUGCAUCAGCCUGGAGAACAAGGAGCUCAAGGCUCUGAUACCGCAGCUUGGGCUCAGGUAUCAGGAGUUGAUAAGGGACGUGGAGCUGGCCGUAAGGGACAUGCUCCAGGCCUUGAAGGGAGAGAACGAGUAUCUUCUAUGCAGGGUCCGAGGGCUGGAACAGAUGAGCAGCGACAUGGGGGUCUUGGUGCACAACGGGCAGCACCCCCAGGGAAACGCCACGAGGAUGGGGGACAAGGUGCACGCUUUAGACAAAGAAGUUCAGGUGAUUGGAGCCUCGGGGAGACUGAUGACAAGAGUCCCAGGCCCACCCUUGGAGGAGGAGGAGGGUGUGUGCGGAGUGGGGACAGGGCACGACUCUGCAUGUGGUGCUGGGUCUCCCAGUCCAUCGUCACCCUGGGAACAUGCAGAAGGACCCAGCACCCAGCAAGGAAGCACGGGUAGAGCAGCAGCAGGAGAGGCACAUUUGGGAAGAGAGGAGAAAGGACGCUGGUGUUCCGUGGACUGGGCACAAGCUCUGAGGCCCCCCGGCAGUGGCCUCCAGGACGCCGAGGCCCAGGUGGCGGAGGAAGAGCCCCGGCUGUGUAUUCAGCGGCUCUGUCACCAGGUGCAGACUCUGCAGUGCCAGCUCAGGGACCAGGGCUGGGCAAACCGGGAGCUGCAGGCCGCGAGGGACCAGGCUGUCCACCUCCAGGAUGCGCUCAGGGGUGAGCUUGAAGAGCUUCGGAGGGAGCAGCGGGAAGCGCGCCUGGCCGUGAGUCCCCUGAAGGCCAAGCUGGCGUCCCUGGUCCAGAAGUGCCUGCAGAGGAACCGCCUGAUCAUGCGCCUGUUGCAGGAGCUGAGCAGACAUGGCCUGGCCAGCUCGUCACUCACAGAGCUGGUGCAGGGCAUGGUCCACGACGAGGCAUUGAUGGAGUACACGGCCACCUUCCUGAUCCCUGGAGUCACUGAGACCAGCUGCUGCCUGGACGUGGACUUCGAGGAUGCGGCCACAGGAAGAGGAAAGACCACAGAGAGGCAAACACAUCCCUCUGGAACAUGCAGGACCCCUGGAGUGGAGGUGGCUCCAUGAUUUACGACCACUUCCUUGGAGCUGCGUAGAAGCCAAACCACCACAGCCUGCCCAGCCAUCUACAGAAACCUUUCCACCUUGCAUGGAGCCAGCGGGGAGCCCCAGCGGUGCCUGCCAACUGUUAGAUGCUGAUUUUGUUGGCCCAGGAGGGAGGCAGGAAACAGGUCUGGAGCUCCAAGAUCCUGGCUGGCUCUAUCUCUUCCACGCCAUGUCACCUUGCCCUGAUCUCUCACCAUCUCCAUCCAUCCUGCUCUUCACCUGCGUGGGGUCCUCCUGCCCGUGUGAUGACUGCGGUCUCCUGACUGGGACGGUACCCUGGGUGUGCAUGGUAGCUCCCGUGCAGCUGCCAGCCUGUGCAGGAGGUUGUCUAGGGAGAGAGAGGAAUCGGGGGUCCUGCCAGUUCCUCAGAAGGCCCUGGGACCCUCUAUGGUCAGGCGCCACUGCUCUGGGGGAGAGAAGGCCACCGAGGUAUCCAGAUGUCCAACUCUGAGUCUGCCUUGCUGGCCACUUUCAAACCGACCCUUGGCUUCUCUGUUGCUCACUUGCCCAAUGGAGAUGACCAUGUGCCCUUUUGUCCCCCUCUGAUACCUGAUGAGUUCAAAACCUAUCCCUGUCAUACCAUGGUUCUGCAGACAUUGCCACCACCCAGCUUCAGAGCAUCCUCAUCUUCCAGGCUGGACUGUGUCCUCCUAAAACCCCAACUCCUCCCUUCCCCUCUUCCACCCCUGCCAGCUCCUUCUGCUCUCUUCCUCUGUGACAGUGACUGCUCCAGGCCUCAUGUGAUAGAAUCACGCAUCCUAGGACUUCCUGUGACCGACUUAAUUCACACAGUGUGAUGCCUCCAAGGUUUAUGGGUUGGGAUUCCCUUCCUUUUUUCUGGCUGAAUAGUAUUCUACCAUAGAGCCAGGUCACAUUUUGCUUCUCCACUCAUCAAUCAGGGUCGCUUCUACCUUUUGGCUGUCGUGAACGAAGCCACCGUGAACAUCAGUGUACAUGCACCUCUGCUGUGUUUCUUAAUACUGGAAUUAACAAGUUCACCUUUCACAAGCAAAGAUUUCUUAUAAAGUCUGAUUGUCAGAAAAUCAGUGGGCUUGAGAGCUUCGGACGCCUGUCGUUCUGGCUGAGGUGGGAGCUGCACGAGAUUGGCCCUCCCUGACCUCUGCAGGGCAGCCGCCCCGGGGGCUCUUCUUGCUCACCACACAAGUUGCCUGACCCCACUGGCUGGGCCCUGGUGACGCUACCUCAUGGGACGGUGAUGAUGUAGAGGCCUGCGGAGGGACACCAAUCUCGCCCCAAACUCCCCGGAUGACACUGACCCCAGCAAUGUCCCCCAGGAAGGGGGUCUGGACUGGCUCCAUUUCUGGUUCUGCUGCCUGCCUGUUGCAGGGAUCUGGGGCGGAGCCCCUAACUGUUCUGAGACUCAGUUUCCCCUUUUAGAAGGAAGAGAGUGAAGGCGAAGACACAGAGCAGGGAACCCAUUUACGUUCAGGAAACUGAAGCACAAACAGCACCCAGAGCAGGUUCGCACCCUGGCGUGUGGGUCUGAUCCCUGAGCUGCAUGCGGAAGGGGACCGCCCCCCCCCCGUCCUCCCCAGGACCCCUGAGGCCCAGCAUGUGGAGCACCAUGAGCGGGACUAUGCUUGGGGGCUUCACACCUUCCCUGUGAGGGGCAGGACAUCGUGGGGGACAGUCCUGCUUUGUUACUCAGCGUCCUGAUUCCAAAGCCACCGGUCUGAUGCGCAAAGUGCUCUGUGGGUAGCUGGGGCCACGGCGCCGCACUCCUCACACCAGGAGGAACAAGAGCCCUGGGCGGUGGCCCGCAGCAGCAUGGGCUCAGCGUCGUCUGAUUCUGUCUUCCCUUCCCAGGCAAGAAUCUGCCUGCCGAGCUGAUGCAUUGGUGUGUUUUCCAAGUAUUCACAGACUGGUAGGGGCAGGGACCUUCCCAGGCCCGCCACAGGCGCACAGGCUCUGAGGUAAUGGCCGGCCACUCACCGGUGUCACUGCUCAUUCACUCAACAACAGAACCUGAUGAUGAGCAUGGGGUCCCCGGCUCUGCAGUAGGCCCUGUGGCUAUGGGAGAAAGCAGAACCCCAACCUCUGCCCUCCAGCAGCAGGCGCCCCCUUCCCACAGGGCCCCUCGGCUUUGAGUGAGGUGAGAAUGCGGAUGGAAAGGCACUUGGCAGACUCCUGCAUUCUGCAGAACUACAUGGACUUCAGUGCUAGAGAGAUGACAGAGGCCACUGGUGUCAGAGGAAAAGAUUCGGGUUCAAAUCAGAGUAGUGAGGCUGCCAUCAGAAUUGUGCAGCUUGUUAGCUCUGAGAACAGUGAGAGCGACUUCCCUGCCUCAGUUUCCUCACCUGGCGAAUGGGGUAGCGAACGUCUGCCUUGGCGGUACAGCAGUGUGGAGGAUCUGUGGGAAAGCGCUCUGCGGGCCUCAGCAUCAUGCAGAUUCGGGUCGUUAAUGCGGUGCCAUUCAUUAGGCACCUGCUGUGUGCCAUUUAAGACCAGACCGUGCAUCUACAGACAAUGCGGAAGAGUCCUCGGGCUAAGGGAGGAUGGACUCGCCCGUCAGAUGGCUGCACGGCACAUUCAUAGAUCACGAUUAGCAACAGCCCGCGGGUUGGCAUGGCAACGUUUCCCUGUGAACUGCCAGGCAGCGUGGCUUAAAAUAGGUUCAUUGGAGGUGUGGUGGGGCUGAGCCCAAGGAGGCAGUGUGGCUCGGUGGCUGUGCCACCCAGAAGGGCCCUGUGCUCAGGGUGCAGCAUGCCCUUGCCCUCCGUGCAGGGGCUGUGAACACUGGUGAGGAACACCCACUAUUGGGGCUGGGGAGGGCCUUAGACUUCAGCAUAGAUGCCCAUCCUUCCCUGUCCUGCAAGUGAGGACGCUGAACCCCAAGCAGGUCACCAGGCAAUCCACAGUCACGUGAUCCCACCCCUGGCUCCAGACAGAUGGAGCCUGGUUCUGUGGCUUUCUCAAAGGAGUCCCCAGCAAUGGCCCAGUGCAGUGCUUUCUGGUCUUAGUCCUAGGAAGCAAACCUAGGAAGUCCUGGGUUUCCGGUGGGCUGCAGUCUGCCCUACUUAGUCAAGCAGUGGGGCGGGGCAGAGUGAGGGUGUCAUUCCUUUCCAUGGAAGCCAUUCGUGUAAGGGGAGCCCUGACUUCUUGGCUAGGUUCAUAUGGCUGAUUGUUUUCUGGAAUUGAGGGUGGGGUCUGUGGCCUCUGUGCUGAGCUACAUGCCCAGGCUCUUGCUAAGUUGCCCUGGCUGGACUCGAGCCUGCAUCCUCUUGCCUCAGCCUCCUGAGGAGCUGAGGCUGCAGAUCAGUGCCACUGCUUCUGGCUCAGGAUUGAGGUUUUCACCCACCCCUCAGUGGCCUUCCCUGCAUCCUUCUUCAGUGUGUGACAUCAAGCAGCCAAACUGAUCCCAGACAUACGAACCGCUGGGAGUGGUUACCAUGGGAGUCCAGUGACCUGUCACCAUGAGGGUGGGAGCCCAGUUCUGCCCCAGGACCCAGCUGUAUUCCUACUUGGCCUUUUUGUUUUAUUGAAAAAACAGUAAACUUGAGGAGGAACUGCUCACCCCCAUGCUGCUGAGCUGCUUUUGAGAGAUCCCCAGCUCUGGCUGGAUUUCAGAGUGAAAUCCCAGGUCUAGAUCCUGAAACUUCUCCAGGACUCGCCCAGCUUCUGAGAGGGCAGUGCUGGAUGCGUUCAGCAUCUUUCAGACACGCGACCGUUUCUUCUGUUGAGCUGUUGUUGCCCCAGAGGGAAUGGGCAGGGAGGCCAGUGGUGGGUGCGGGGGUCCCCAGCACUCUGCACCCGUGGCCCACCACAGAGGCUAGGGUGUUUAGGACCUGAGGGUUGGAUCCUAUGGUGGCCACUCUCACCUCACUCGCUGGCUGGAUGCUCUGCAGCUAGAAGGUGGAAGGGCACCCAGCCCCUCCCGAGCCCCUGGGGUCACUGUCCCAGCAGGGCCCCUCUGCAGACUACAGUGCCAGUCUCGUCCAGUGCCCCUGUAUGCAGUGCUAAUUAAAUCCCACCAUCCUUGGUGUGUUUCCUCUGGCUUAAGCUUCUUAACCGAGGGUACUUCCGGCCCUGAGUCUCCUUUGGAGUGUAUCCGGUGGAAGCCUUUGAAGUGACAAUUUUUAAGGGAGUGGCAUAUGUGACACAUGCUGACCCUUGGUGGCUGGUCACUACCCUACACCUGAAAGUCCACAGAAUGUGUGACUGACCCACAGCCACGCUGAAUAAAUCUCUUGGGUUCUGUUGUGGCCAGCACCCCAAACUCUUGUAGAAAGAGAAAUUCUGGGAGAAGCAAACAGGAGUAGAUUUUUAUUCGACGAUUGCUUGCUGUAUUCCUACUUGGCCUCGAAAUGAAAUCCCUGGGGCCUUAAGGAAGCAGAGAAAGAAACCCCCUGGGGUUUGUUGGCAUAUUAGACAUUCUCCCUGUGUCAUAAGAAUUUCUAGAAGAUAAUUCACACAUUGCACCUAAACUGUCUUCAGUAAGUCGGGUGGACGUGGGAUUGAAGGAUUGGGUUUUCUUUAUCCCAUGUGAUCCCUUCUGAACCCCGUCCUAGUUUCAGCAGCGCAGCUUCCGUCCGAAUCCAGUCCCCGUGUGCCUGGCGUAAACAUGAUUUGCAGAGUUGUGGGGAGACCACGGGAGCGCUGAUCCCGGGAAUGUAAGCUUCUCUUCAACAUUUUUUCUCCUCUUUCUCUGAAAACAACAGGCUCUGGCACUUUGUUGUUAUGGUAGAAGAAAAGGAAGAGGAAGACCAUCUUGCUGUUAUAAAUCAGACUGUUCAACAUGGCUCAAAACUAGAUUUUGACUCUGUCAAUAUAUUUUAAAGUAGACUGACAUAACACAGCUUUGGUCUUCCUGCAAGGAUGACUGACAGAAACGCAGAGAUAAAGGGCCUUGCAGUGAUCUUGGAAGUGCUAACCUGGACUUUUCACCAGGACAAGGACAGAGCCCUAGCAGACAGGUGGGUGGGGGUGGAGCACACCCCCUGGCUUUGCACUCAGCUGUGCACACUUGCACAGUGUACACCCCUCCGCCUCUCCGUAGCAAAAGCAGGGAAGGCAUGAGCUCGGGCCUGUGUGGAGGCUCAGAGGGCCGAAGUGUGCGCUGCCGCCCCAAGCCGGAGCCUGACACAGCUCAGGUUCCACUGGUCAGGCAGGGAAGGAUGCGAGUGUCACGGGCCAUAGCCAUGAGUAAUCUUUGCUGUUUCUCUUGGCAGAACCUUCCUGGUCUCCUUCCUCCCAGGUUGAAUCCUGGGCAGAAACCACAAGAGACUGUGAUACACACAUCCGUUUGAAAAGCAUGCGCCUCCCCUUUGGGUACUGUAGGGACAAUGAUGCCACCCCCAUAGCUGCGCACACCCAUGAGAAGGCGUCCUGUAGGUCAGUGUUAGCCACCCCAGGAUGGAUGUGGACAGUGCAGCCUAGGCGUGGUCCUGCGAUGCACACAGACCCCUCCGGAGGUCACCAAACCCUGGCUGUCCCCAGCCCUUGCCCACAGUCAGCAGAGCACUCAGUCCUCAGAGGCGGCAUCAGAUUCUCCAGCCUGCCGUGUGCACGCUCAGCCUCCCUGCAGGGUUUUGAGUUUUGUACCACUUGAUGGUUCUGUCUGUGUACAGGAGGCUGGGUUUUCUCUUGUUACUGAGAUGUAUUUUUCUACAUCAGUUAAAUGUAUACUUUGUGUAAUUUUGUACAUUAAAAUGUAUGCUUUUUCAUACACA